GUACCAUACAGGAAUAGUUACAAGCUAGAAGACUGUGAUAACCGAAGAAAAUGGGUUGAACAGGUCACCAGAAAAUCUUUAUCAAAUGUUAGUCAGUGGCUGGAUCCACAGGAUACCCAUGGGAGUCAUUCCACUGAACGUUUGGCGGGGAAUAUAGAAAACCUCAUUGGAUUAGCUAAAAUUCCUUUGGGUGUUAGUGGUCCGCUUCUCAUUAAGGGUGAUCAUGUAAAUGAACAUAUUCUAUGCCCUUUUGCAACUACAGAAGGUACACUUGUUGCAUCUUCCACCAGAGGAGCUAUAGCAAUGACCAGGUAAUUUUAACCGUAUAAAGCGGAGCUCUCGCUCAGCAGAACAGCAUGGGUAAGAAAAAAAAAUUGGUUAUCCACAUGAUUGCAUCCAAUAAAUUUUGGUUCUGACAAAAUCGUCCAUUUGUAUGUUCGCCCCUUCAUGUUAGCGGAUGUGAAAUGUCUUACUUACUUGCUCAAUAACAUCAAGGCAAAAUAAUCGUGUUUGAUUUGAUAUUGAAUUUCCAUGUUAUGAUCAAUCCGGACAACUGUCAAAAGAAGAUGCCCGCUGAACAGUGUCACAUCACUGUAUCGCUUGGGUCCACUCGAGUGAGUCGACGCUCUUAAAGAAAUGAUAAAACUGACAAGUGUUUGUAGGGCGGCCAUUUCUUUCAGCUCAAAUUUGCAAAAAAUGAAAAUGAUUACAAUUUUGAUAAAAAGUGAUCAAAUGUGUAUUAAAUAAAUUUGCUUUUCAGGGGGGCAGGAGUUUCCUCCCGAAAGUUGAAAGUUUACACCUAGUGCGACCUAGUGCAAUGAUCUACAAUGUCGAUUAUUUUUGAAUAAUUAUGUACCAGUUGAGUGUUGGUAUGGGACACAUACAGUUUGAGCAUGUUAUGGCAACCUUGAGUAAAACGGGUGUAUAAUUCCGUUAUUCUAGGUGCGGAGGAGUCAGUGCAAGAGUGAUUCAGCGACGAAUCAUGAGAACACCGCAUUUUGUUACGGACUCCAUCCAGCAGGCACAGACAUUGUCAUCCUGGUUAAUUUCCCACUUUGAAGAACUUAAGUUAAGAGCCGGUGAAGUUAGCCAACACUGCAAACUUCAAGCGCUGGAACCUUGGUUUGUCGGUCCGUUUCUUCUUCCUUUUUUUUUGUUUGAUACUAGACUGUACGGCUCGAAAAACUGAGAAAAGCUUUAACCUCAAUGAAUGUACAAGUUAAAGAAAGUAACAAUGCUUGAUAAACUCCUUAAUUUGAGUGUUACCCCUUCUUCCCUCCCUUUUUCCUCUUAUUUCUUUCUAGGUCGCAAUCUGCUGAUGGAAUUCGUUUACGAUUCUGCUGAUGCCGCUGGACAAAAUGGUGUAACUGUAACCACCUGGCACGCAUGUCAGUGGGCUCUAAAACAGAUCGCCAAGGAGCAACCGAAUAUCAACAUCAGGGAGUUUUACAUUGAAUCUAAGUGUAGUGGCGAUAAAGGUGCACUAGCAAAGAAUUACAUUAAAGGUCGUGGAAUUGAAGUUCAGGCCGAAGCUUAUAUUACAGAAUCUGUCCUGCAAAAUGUCUUAAAGGUACCUUGCACAAUGUAACAUCCUUGCUUUAUUGUAAGUUUCUUUUGUUGCAAUCCUUGAUCGAGGACAAGGUUGGUUGUUACGUAGUUUAUGUAUUUGAUAAAUAUUCUUCAAAACUAGCAUUCGAAAUCCCUCGAAUCCUUUUUUACCCGUUCUUGACAUAAAUAUUAGUCAGCAAUUCGGGUAUUGGCUUCACAAAGUUUUCUAAUCUUCCAACCUCAUUUUCAAGCUCUGCACUGUUAAAACAGCUGAGCCGUGGUCUUAGUAUGAUGUCAUAUGUGACAUUCUCCCAACUGGAACUUUGCAGUAAAACCGUUUCCUAUAUAAUACGCUAAAAAACGUAAUAGCACUUUAGUUUCCUAUAAUACGAUUCACUGCAAAAUUGGCUGACCAUAAAAAAAUUAGGACUUUCACAAGUACACUUUCUCAUCAAUGUUUUUAAACAAAUUAAAAUUUGGAACUUCAUGUGCAUUCAAAGAUAGUGUGCCCUGAUGAAGCAGUCUUUUAGAUAUAAUUAGAACUGCUUCGACCAUGUCUAAAUGUAAGUCAGAACAUUAUCGCCAUGUUUAGCUUCUGGCUUUGUGAUCAGACCACUAAUGUUAACAUGCAAUAUAAUAUGCUUUUCUUUCAUUUCCAUGCCCUUCUUUGAAACUAGCUUUGUAUGAAGAAACGUUGAACUGGCAGGGGUAGAGAAAAUCGUAUGCAAGUUUGUAGGCACAGAUCAGUAAAUUUGUUUGUGUUAUGCAACAUUUCAGCUAUUUAUUUUUUCCUUUGCAUAAAAGGUAGAUUCCUCUACCUCGAACAGGUGUUUCCACGCUCUCCAGAUUGGUGCGCAGAGAGCUGGCUCGUACUGUGCUAAUGUAUGCGUCAGUAAUACAAUUGCUGGGAUAUUCGCUGCUACGGGACAGGAUUUGGCGUGUGUUCAUGAGAGUUCCUGGGCCAUGCUUGAGAUAACAACGGAAAGAGAAAUAAAAGUUGCUGGUAAAUAAAAAGUAUUUGAAUAUGUUAGCCUAACUUCAAAGUUACUUCACCGUUUGUUAUUGAAAAAAAAUAGUAGGAAAACGGUGUGUAGAUAAACGUUCUUGCGAUGGACUCUAUCCCUGGAAAUGGAGCAAAGAACCUUGUUUUUUCCAACGAUCAUUUUAUUACAUUAAUUUCGAUGGUUAAAAAUCCUCGUUUGCUGCCGGAAAUGGUACAAAUUCUGCCCUCAGAAGAUCUGAGUAACCGUCUCCUUGUGCAUUGUGUGAAAUCGGCUGAGAAAAGUCGUUUGCUUGUAGCAGCGAAAUACUCAAAGAGUUGAAAUAAACGCUGCCUUUGAAUAAACCGGUUGUCGGAAACCCUAAAAAUAAAAAAAAAAGGGCUUUGCAAAUAAUCGAAUUAGCUAAAAAGAACGGGAUCCGGGAAUUGAAAAAAGGUAAAAUUAAGUCGGUAUAUCUAACGAGAGAAUAACACUUAAACGUCUUCAAGGUGGCUCGAAUCUCCUUCCCUCAAUAUUAAAACAUAAUUAGCAUGCAUGACAAGUUAAUAGCCAUUAAUCCUCUUGUUCUCCUUUUUAUUUUCUUUUUGCCUUUUAAAAUAACAACGCUAUUACAAUAAGAUGUAAAUACAGAAGUUAACACAUUCAUCUUACGUUCUUUUUAUGCUCAAGGAACUGAGUCUGGUGAGUUAUACGAACCGGGGAUUUACGCUAGCCUUGUUAUUCCUACUCUUCUUAUUGGAACCGUGGGAGGUGGAACAGGGACACCAACUGCAAAAGAAUCUUUGAGAAUGAUGGGUUGUUUUGGAAAGGUAGGAAUCUUGCCGUGCAAGUAACAAAAAAGCAUUUGAAGGUUUGAAAUCUCUGAUGGGGAAUUAAGAAUUCGGCGACGAGCAGUCACCAUGAGGACGCUUUUCCCCGCAAGAAUUCAUAAACUGUUUUCUUCACUUCACCUUCAGCACAAAACCUGUUGGCCACUUUAGUACCGGAAAAAUCCCCACCGGGAUAAAUAUCUUACUCAUUCAUGACACUUAACGUAUUCCUGCUUACCUUUCCAAGUGGCUCUCUGAGGAUAGUGGUCGAACUUUGCCCCCUCCACACCGCCGCGCGCCCCCAACCAAAACCACAACUAUCCCUCGUUUGCUGCCGGAAAUAGUACAUUUUCUGCCCUCAGAAGAUCUGAGUAACCGUCUCCUUAUGCAUUGUGUGAAAUCGGUUUAAAAAAGACGUUUGCUUGUAGCAGCGAAAUGCGCAAAGAGUUUUAAAAAUGAAAAAAAAUUGACUUGUGAUGUCAUUUGCCUUGGUGGAGUUAGAGAAUAUCUUAUAUAUUUUUUUUGUUACUGCGUUGAGAUUGCAAAUUUGCCAACGCAAAGAGAUUGAAAAUCUGACGCCGCUAGAAAAAUUCACAUGUAGUACUUUGGUGCCAAAGGAAAUUAAAAAUCCAACAAACAAAGAAACAAAAAACUGACCGAAAAUUUCCCUGAUGUUCAAAGAAGUCCAUUUCCUCCUCUAUUUCAGGGUCGUAUCUACCGAUUUGCGGAAAUAAUAGCUUCAUUCGCGCUGGCCAUGGAGCUCUCCACUCUAUCAGCAGUAGCCAGUGAUCAAUUUGCAAGUGCACACGAGCGAUUUGGAAGGAACAGACCAGAGUCAUGA